GGCACCCUUCGGCGAGCGCUGUUUGUUUAGGGCCCGGUGAGUCCAAUCAGGAGCGCAGGCUGCAGUUUUCCGGCGGAGCAGUAAGAGGCGCCUCCUCUCUCCUUUUUAUUCACCAGCCGCGCUUCGCAGACCCGGGACUCGCGCUCGCCCGCCGGCGGCUUCGGCUUCUCUCCGCCCGCCUAGCACCCUGAACCGCGACCGUUCUCCAUGCACAGCGCCUGCUCGAGGAGCUAAGAGCCAUCUGGGAGCGGCGCGGGACUGUGGAUGGCCUUGAAUGAUAGCAGCUGGAGCCUGCCAAAGCGUUUCGGGCCCGCGACUGCGGACGCCGGCGACUCUGGGGCCUUCGCUGCGCGAGAGCCCUCCACACCACCUUCCCCCAUCUCCUCGUCUUCCUCCUGCUGCUCGCGGGGCGCGGAACGCGGCCUCGGCGGCGCCAGCGACUGCAGGACACCGCAGCUCGACCCGGAGGCGGCAGCCGGCUCCCCGGCCCGCUCCCUGCUGCUCAGCCCCUACACCUCCCACCCCUUCGGGGCGCCCCACUUACCUUCGGCGCCCGGGGUCGCAGGGCCCGGAGGUGGCCUGUCCAGCUGGGAGGACCUGCUGCUCUUCACUGACCUGGACCAGGCCGCGACCGCCAGCAAGCGGCUGUGGUCCAGCUGCGGCGCCAAGCUGAGCCCGUUCGCGCCCGAGCAGCCGGAGGAGAUGUACCAGACACUCGCCGCACUAUCCAGCCAGGGCCCCAGCGCCUACGACGGCGCGCCCGGCGGCUUCGUGCACGCGGCGGCCAGCUCCCCUGUCUACGUGCCCAGCACGCGCGUGGGCUCCAUGCUGCCGGGCCUGCCGUACAUGCAGGGCGCGGGUAGCGGGCCGGCUAACCACGCGGGCGGCGCCCCGGCGCACCCCGGUUGGCCGCAAGGCCCGGCCGACAGCCCCCCAUAUGGUGGCGGCGGGGGCGCAGUGGGAGGCAGCGCGGCGGGCCCUGGAGGCGCCAGCUCGGCCGCCGCGCACUUGUCGGCCCGCUUUCCCUACUCGCCCAGCCCGCCCAUGGCCAAUGGCGCGGCACGGGAACUCGGGGGCUACGCUGCCAGUGGUGCGGCCGGCGCUGCCGGCGUGGGCGGCGGCGGGAGCCUGGCGACCAUGGGCGGGCGCGAGCACCAGUACAGCUCGCUGUCGGCGGCGCGGCAGCUCAACGGGACGUACCAUCACCACGCGAGUGCCUACUCGCCCUACGUGGGCUCCCCGCUGACGCCUGGGUGGCCGGCGGGCCCCUUCGAUUCACCGGUCCUGCACAGCCUACAGAGCCGCGGCGGAGCCCCUCUGCCCAUGGGGCGCGGGCCCAGCGCAGAUUUGCUGGAAGACCUGCCCGAGAGCCGGGAAUGCGUGAACUGCGGAUCCUUCCAGACGCCUCUGUGGCGAAGGGACGGCACCGGGCACUACCUGUGUAACGCCUGCGGUCUCUACAACAAGUUGAACGGCCUCAGCCGGCCCCUCAUCAAGCCGCCCAAGCGCGCGCCUGCAUCUCGGCGGCUUGGAUUGUCCUGUGCCAAUUGUCACACCACAACCACCACCUUGUGGCGCAGAAAUGCUGAAGGUGAACCUGUGUGCAAUGCUUGUGGGCUCUACAUGAAACUCCAUGGGGUGCCUCGACCACUCGCUAUGAAAAAAGAAGGAAUUCAGACCAGGAAACGAAAACCAAAGAAUAUAAAUAAGUCAAAGGCUUGCUCUGGUAAUCCCAUUCCUGUGACUCCAACUCCCACCUCUUCUAACUCAGAUGAUUGCAGCAAAAAUACAUCUCCCACGACGCAGCCCACAGCCUCUGGGGCAGGUGCCUCCUCAGUGAUGUCUGGGCCAGGAGAGAGCUCGAACCCUGAGAACAACGAACUCAAGUACACGGCUCAGGACGGGCUGUACGUAGGAGUCAGCCUGGCCUCCCCAGCAGAAGUGACGUCGUCCGUGCGGCAGGAUUCUUGGUGUGCACUGGCCCUGGCUUCAGGACCGGGGCCUUAG